AUGAAAUGUUUCUCUAGUGUAUUUUCACAAAGUUCUCUAGUCCCUUUAGCUAAGAUAGCCAAUGCUCCAUCACGUUCAUUACGUCUACUAUGGGCUAUUGUAACAGCCAUUAUGUUUAUUGGAUUAUGCGUUUGUAUCAGUCUAGUGGUUAUGCAAUAUUUAAAACAUCAAACAGUAUUUCAAUUAGAUUAUUCUGGUAGACAUACAGUCUAUGAUCAAGUCCCUGGGAUAACAAUUUGUCCUCAAUCACAAGAAUCAAAACGUUUAUUCAAUGAUGCAAUGAAACGAUUGAAUAUUACUUCUCAACCGUUACCAUUACCAUGGUUUAGUAAGUCUAUUAUGGAUAGUUUUCGUGCAAAAGCAUUAG